CUAUUCUCAAAAUGCAAAAUCAAAAAUAAAUAUUAAGAUAACUGUUUUGAGCAAUUAAAGAUUUCGGACGUCGGCUGUCCGUCCCAAGCAUAAUAAAGUACAUUUAGUUUUUAGUUAGGUUAGGAAAAAAUUAGAUUAAAGAGUAAUGCAAUGCGCUGAGAAAUCUCGAGAAAUGAAAACUAAACUCACACUCCACUCGAACUCAAGAAAUUCUCGAGUAUUUUUGGCUGGACUCUACAAGCGGCCCCUAGUCUCGUGACAAUUUCUAACUCCAUGACUGAGACCAAAGUGAGACGAACCUAGGCGGUGUGGGAUUUGCAUUUUGCAUUGUGGUGAAACUGGAAUUUGAUAUGGCGACGCCCUGGCAAGGAGGUUAUUUUGAGUCUUUGGAAAAUUCGAAUAUUAUUUCUACAAAAUGUAUUGAUAUAGUUGCAGAUAUCCAAAAUGGCCAAGCAGGAAUUCUGCAGCUGGUGGAAGAGCUGAAUGUGCUGCUAACGAGCAAGGAAGCAGAGUCGCGCCGUCAGGGAACACGGGUUCUUUCUGACGUGCUGCAAGCCCUGCCGCCAGCGCUACUGCGUGACUCGGAGCUGCAGUCGCUGGCAAGGUUCCUGUGCGACAGACUCAAGGACCACCACUCGGUGCUGCCAGCCGCACUGCAAGGCAUCCUGGCCCUUGUAUCCAUGGUGAAUCUACCAGCCACUUCCGCGGCCCAAAUAUUAGCGGCCAUCUUUCAAAAUGUUCCUGGCAGUUCACAGACACAAACUGACCGUUACACACUCUACAGAAUACUGCAACUUCUCUGUGACAACAAUGGUACAGAGCUGGUUGCUGAUGUUCCAGACUUGGUGUUAGGCAUCAUUUCUAUGAUUGAUGGAGAACGUGACCCCAGAAACCUUUUGUUUAUUUUUUCCUGGCUACCCAGGUUUAUAGCUUCCUUUCCAUUGGGCCACCUAGUUGAGGAGAUGUUCGAAGUUUUGGCUUGUUACUUCCCUGUGGACUUCCGCUUGAAGGCAGAUGAUCCGGAGGAAGUAUCGCGCGACCAACUGGCUGCAGCGCUGCAGAACUGCCUCGUGGGCUCUCCGCAGUUCAGCGAGUGGUGCCUGCCGCUGCUGCUCGACAAGCUGGGGUCCUCGCUGCACCGGGCCAAGCUGGACUCCCUGCGCCUGCUGGCGGCGGGCUGCAAAGUAUUCCCGUGCUGCGACCUGCGUGCGUCCUGGAACAAGCUGUGGCACCUGCUGCUCCCUGAGAUGCUGCCCGGCACAGACCGUGAGCUGCGCGAAGAGGCUGUGCACAGUGUUCAGGCACUGGUGCAGGCAGCCACAGUCUCGCCCGACCAUGCCUUCCUGCACCAGCUGCUCUCCACUCUGCUCGCAGCAACAGACUCCUGUAUCUGCGACGCACAGUUGAACCUGUUUGCACCGGCAGUUGGCCUGAUCGUGGCUGUGAGCGUGGUGUCGGCUAAUGCAUGUCACAUCGUUGCUUCCGAGGUGGUGCCGCUGUGGGUGGAGCAACUGCGGGCGAGAUCGGAGCCGAGGGAGCGUGAGGGUGUGCUGCAGGCGCUCACGGCUCUGCUGUCUGCUUGUACGACCCAUGGAGCGCAGGCCUCAGGACACGUCACAGCAGACAUUGUGAUGUUGUACGUCGAGGCGGGUCGGGACGUUUCGGUGGCGCUAAAGACCAAGGCACUGCAAGGACUAGCAGCAGUGGCGACGCUGACUCAGGUUGACGUGCGCCCGCAUGUGUACCAACUACUGAGUGAUACUUUAAGGCAGGAGAACUGCAGUAGCACCAGGAGUGAGGCAGUGGCGUGCCUGCAGAGCUACGCAGGUGCGUACCCCACUGAGGUGCUGGGCUGGUUGCAAGUGCUGGAGACACAACUGGACGAUGAUGUGUUGACGAUGAGGUGCCUGGACGGCCUGAGUGCAGUGGCUGGCCACGAGCCCUUCUUGUCGCACAUCUUGCCAGGAAUGCUGCGGAGGCUCUUGGACCCUCAGCAAGCUGCCCUUUGCGGGGUCAUAGCUCGCUCGCUCAGGAAGGUGGUAGAGGGCGAAGGCAGUGGUGCGUCGGCAUCGCGGUUCCUGCACGAGAGAUGUGACGUGGUGUCACGCGUGCUGGCCUGGUGGCAGAGAGAUCCUACCCCUAAUGCCGUGUGCGACCCUGUCGUAGUGGCUGACCUGGUGGUGGUGCUGCUCUCUGUGGUGCUGUCAUUGGACUUCAGUGCCCAGAGCAGCUUGGUGGAGAAACACGUCCCAGCAUUCCUGAACACCUCAUCUGUGCUGCACAUAGAGCCAUUCCAGUCACAUCACAUACAUUCAGUGGCACUGUGCGAAGCCCUGCUAGCAGGCCUGUAUGGUGGCGUGCGCGUGCCACAACUGGAUGUGCUGGCGGACAAGCUGCUGCGCACGGCUCUCCAAGGCACGGACCCAGAGCGCACCUCGGCCGCACGACUGCUGGCGUGCUUCGUCAACAAGAAGCAGGAUGGGCCGCAGCUGGUGACAGAGGAGGCAGCGCAGGGAUCCGCGCAGCUGGUGACGUGGGUGUGCAAGGCGCUGGUGAUGCGCGGCCACGCGGAGGCCGACCACUGGACGGACAGGCUGUUCACCCUGCUGGCCUGUCCCAGAGAGGGCCCAACCGCAGCCCGGGGGUUCCAGAUAGUACUGCAGGAGGACGCUUGCUUGUCUGCCCGCUGCCAUUGCAUUGUUAGGCUGUUAUACAAGCAGAGGUUCUUUCAAAUGGUGCUGGAUCGCUUUCCUUCUUUGUUGGUUGCACCGGAGACGGGCCGUUCCAACUAUCACCUCAUGUUGGCUCACCUCCUCCAGGAAGUCGACCCUGCCGUCGUCACGCUACACUUGCCGCAGGUGUUGCCACUACUGCUGGAGGGUCUGGCUGUGGAGGACCCCACACUGCUGCUGGCGGCUGCUCGCACACUGCAAGGCUUGCUGCGUGCCAAGCUCUCUGCUCUGCACGCUCAUGCACACACGCUGGUCAAUAGGCUGUUGGCUCUUGCAGUUUUCCCUGCUGACAUGAAGGUGCGUGUGGCUGCGCUGGAAGCACUGCUGCAGCUGUGCAGCUGUCCCACACACCUGCUGUUGCCCCUGAGGAGUCAGGUGCUGCAGGGCCUGGGGCAGUGCGUGGAUGACCGCAAGAGGCUGGUGCGCAGAGCUGCGAUGGCAACGCGCAACCGCUGGUUCCUGAUGGGCACGUCUGCCGAGCCCGCUUGCUCUUGAUGCCCUCUUGUCGUUAGACAGCAUGAUACAAUACCAUGACUGAUGCAGCAGUCUCAGAUUCUCCACAAGCCACCAAACAGCCUGCACUGUUGAGAUAACCUGUAUAUUUGGUAGGUUUGUGCUGGUACAAUUACCAUGUAACCACCAGUUUUCACACGUUUAGUUGAUAUAUUCUUUUCUCGUAUUAAAAUUAUAUUUUUUAAGAGUGUAAAUUUUUAGAACUAUUUUUUCUGUGGUUUUUACUUUAUUUAGUUUUAAGUUCCCAUACAAAAUGUUCAUCUGAAAAGUUAAAUAUGAUGUUAAUUCUGUAUGUAUUAAUAUAAUGCAAAUAAAAUUGUAUAUAUAUUGCCCUUGAUUAAGCUGGUUUUAAAGGAAAAAAGGAUUGAAUAAUGGGAGAUUUUUUUUAGCUCUCUUAGUAGGUCAUUAAUGGUAUAUUAGAAUCUUUUUACACGCUUUAUAUUAGCUUCACCUGUAUGUUUGUAUGUAUGUUUGUUUGUAUGUUUGUAACAGACUUUUUUGGGUGCGAUUUUGACCCACUUUAAACGGCUAGAUUUCAUUCAAACUUUGUAGAUUUAUCGAGGACCGAUGACAAUACACUAAUUUGAUAAGAUUAUUCCAUUAUUCAAUUUGCAAAUUAAGAUUUUUGUCAUUUUAUAUAAUUUCACAAGAAAGAGUUCGCACAUGAGCAAAAUGUUUUUCUUUACAAUGUGCUAACUCUUUUCUUUCAGUUUGUCUUUGGUGUGAUAUAAACAAAGCCUACUAAAUAUUGUGACAUUUAAUUAAAUGAAAAGUGAUAAUGGGUUGUGUUUAUUGUGAGCAAUAUACUUUCUUGAAGAGAAUAUUAUCUAUAUUUGUAAAAAUAUGAAAAAAAAAAAACCAGGAAAUAAGGGCUUUAAAUGUUGUUUCUUUUGUUAAAUAGAGAAACACAAUUA